CGAACUUGGAAAGCACGUCAUAUGUAGGUAGGCAAAAACCUUCUAUUUUGACGCUUAGAAUUUCAAGUUUUGUCCCCCACUAUAUAACCACCUCAAACUCAUUAAACAUUUCACACACCAAGAGACGGAAAACGCACUCAACUUCGAGGGAAAGAGAGGGUUGAAGCCACUCUUGAAUAUUGAAGCUAUGGUAUCCUUUCACAAAGCGCUGCCCGAGAGCCCAAAAACGGAAGCUCCUGCAGAAUUUGAUGCUUCAUCAAAGAAGAGAAAGUGGGAAGAGGCAAUUACUGAAGAAUUCUUCAAGGAUCAAACUAAUGCAGAGAAAAGGAAAUCCAUCUUUGAUAUUGACCUACACCUCGAGACACCAUUAUCUUCACAUAAAUGGCAACAAUACCUCAAUAUUCAGUCAGGGCAGACACACUUGUCUAACACAAGGAUGAAUAGGAAAACACCAGACUCAAAGAAAAACCCUGAACCUGAUCAACCUCAAUCUUUUGGUCAAAUGAGCUUAGACCUUGAGCUGAACUUGACAUGUGAAUCACUGAAGAAAAAAGAAGACAGCUAUGACAUAAAUGAGAAGAUCAAUUCUGGUUCCUCUGGGAGUUUGGGUGAACGUGAUCUAUUGAUUGGAUCAAAAAAGUAUAAAAAGGAUUCAUGUGUUUUAACUCGAUCUCCAUCAUGGUUAUCUUCUGAGGCAGAACACAAAGAGAUGAUUGCCAGAGUCUGUAUGAGGUGCCACAUGUUGGUAAUGCUGUGCAAGUCAUCACCUUCAUGUCCUAACUGCAAAUUCAUGCACCCACCAGAUCAGAACCCUUUUAAAUUCUUUAAGAAAAGAAGGUGCAGCCUCUUGAGCUAAUCAGGAGCUGUUACUGAUUUGAAAAUUCUCUGCUUUAUAGCAUUUAGCAUGGCAUGGCCCGAGCUUACGUUAUCUUUUAAUUCCCUCUUGAAUAACCGAAGUUUCUUUAUAUUGUAGCUAUGACUUCAAAACAAGGGAUGGUAUUUAAUCUACCUCUACGUAGUUGUAAUUUACCUGUUAGAAUUAAUGAGGUGACCGAUAAGAAACUAACCUACUGUAUCAUAACCAUAUAUCUAUCUAUAUACAUAUGAGAGUGUUCUACUGUUCUUGAUCAUCCUGAAUUUAUUUAUGUUGUUAGAUGAUAGUGGAAUUUAGGUUUCAGUAUUUGAAAUUAAACAAGACCGUUUUCCCUUAUGAGGCCUCUUAACUCUCAACAUGUAUCACCAAGUUGAAACAAUUGGUCUGUGUAUUGUGAUUUUCUUUUCCAGAAAUGAGA